CAGACGUCAGAUCAGAUCGUGUCAUCAUUGACAGUCAACGAAUUCGCUUUGCUCGUAUUUAUAAUUUGCACUCAGUUGUUUGUUUUCUCUUAACUAAAUAAAAGGAAUUCGCCUUAGUAACUUACAAUGAUUGAUGAAGACAAUAAAACACUUUGGUGUGGUAAUUUACCAGAACAAGUUACAGAAGAACUGCUUUAUGAGCUGUUUCUACAGGCGGGACCAUUGGAAAAAGUGAGGAUACCAAGAGAUAGAGAUGGACGUCAGAAAAAUUUCGCAUUUAUAACCUAUUGCCACGAAGUGUCCGUGCCCUACGCUAUGAACUUAUUUCGCGGAACAGCGUUGUUUCAUAGAACUCUGACGCUACAAUGUCGAGGACGAAUGGCCCUACUGCCGCCGCCCAUACGUUGUUAUGGACCUGAUCCUUCCCUUGACUUUGUUUCGCAGGGUAAUGUCAUACAACAAUUUGCUGAAAUGACUGAAAAAUUACGCGAAGACGAACAUAGAAAUAUGUAUACUCCUAGACACGUCCAUGAUUUAAAUGACAAGCUAGUACAAGCAAGUUUACAGGGCAACUGGAGUCAUAGGCACCACCCUUACAGACCAGACAAGAAUCAUGCACGCGGAAACAGAGACAACCACAAUGAGAGAAAUAGAGACAAUCACAAUGAUAACUAUCAUGGCAGCAGUCGCAAUAAUUUUGCUAAUAAUAACUGGAGGGACAGAAGGAAUCCUAAGAAAGGCAAUUACCACAGGAGAGAUUGAUUAUAAUGCAGUAGGUACCUUUAAUUUGUUAUGAACAGAUGGUAUUUAUAAAUUUGAAUUUCUACUUUGUUAUAACCAUCAUAAAGUCAAUAUUUCAAUGCAAUGAUUAAUGUAAUUUUAUUUUUAGACUUUUGACUACAUUGAUGAUUUUUGUGUACAAAACCAAAUGGAUUAACUGUCUGUCUAUUUUAGACUACCUUAAAUUCUGUGCCUUAGCUUAAUCUGCCCUGACUUUGAUGUAAGAAAUGGCAAAAUACUUCAUGCUAUGAUUGUUUGCCUUCCUCACUAUGUCACAGAUUAAGACAGCUUUCUCUGACUCUAAUAAUACACAUAAACUGUGAUUUUGUUGAACAGAUUUGUAUACACCUUGUUUUUAUUGAAUUCCGUUAACUUUAAAGGAAGAUCCAUUACAUCAAAUGCAAUUAAUUUCUCUAAGAAACUAGCGUCUUAACUCUUGCGGUUAUUUAUUAAAAAAAUAAAGAUAAUUGCUUGUUGAUAA